UCUAACGUGAAUCGUAUGGUAAAGAAAAAAAGAGCUUCGAAUACUGUAUUUUGUCGGAUACCCCUUUGCUGUAACAGCAUCAAUGCCUCGCUUUGCACUGGAUGUUUGCGCUCAGUGCCAGCAGAGAGGGCUUUUGCAGUAGCUCGCACCGAUGGUUCUAGACGUGGGAGCUACAGGAAUGGGAUGAUCCACAUGUUAACUAAUAGUUGUUGUUUUUUUAAAAAGGAUGUAUUUUUUUAAAGAGAUUACUUCAAACGAUACAUCCAUGAAGAUGUAUCUCCGUGACUCGCUGUGACUCGCGCUCUAUGUCCAUUGUGUGAAGAAGAAUGUCUCCACCGCUGUCGACUCUGCUGUCCGGGCUGUGGCUGUGCUUGGUUCUGUCCGGUGCUGCUAGGCCGAUGUGGAAAGCUUGUGACAAUGGCAAGCUCUUGCUGGGGAGAGACCUGCCCCCGUCAGUUGUGUGGAGCUGUCCUGUGAUUUCCUGGCCAGAGUCCACUACCCAGAAGAUUCCUAGCAUUGACACAAAGUAUCCCCCACAGCGGAUCGAGCACGUCUGCAUGGACACACCCAUCACAUACAAUCACACUAUCCCCAACAGUGGUGCUCACCGGACUGUAGGGGCAGAGAGUGGAGAGUACCUGUACUGCCCCCCUCAACGCUGGCUCAACAACCUGCAGCAUGGAGCAACAGUGUUGCUGUACCAUCCGUGUGCUCCUGUUCGUCAGCGUGACCUGCUGUCUGUCCUGGGCCACCGCUGUCUGUCUGACUACAUCAUAACGCCACACCCUGACCUCAGCAAACACAGACCGUUAGCGCUGGUGUCCUGGGGUCGCACGCUGGAGCUGUCCCAGGUGACCACGUCGGAGGUCUGUGAUUGGCUGCAGUUGACAGCGGCACACGGGAACCGUGGCGACGUGGAUCAAAGCAGACAGUAUAACUUGCUGUUGACCCAUCCUGCAGAUCACAAACACGCAUGCCCAAAGCUAAAGUCUCUGAGGCAGUGCUGUGAGGAGACCCUCUCUCUUCUGGAUGGAUGGUUGGAGGUGACAGACUGGGGGAGAGGGAGGGUCCGCAAGAGCCGAGCUGCACUCAGGAAGGAGGGGAAGGAGAAAGAGAGACGGACCACCCUGGACAGAACCGAGCCGAACAGAGUCCAGAAACAUGGAACCACACUCCAACCUGAAGCACAGGGCCAAGCCACAGUGAGGGCUACACAGGGAGGCACGGACCGAGGACUCAAAGUGACUCAACCUCACCGCAUAGAAAAUGACACUAAUGAAAAAGAUCCCAGAGGCAAAGUGAGAGAAACAGACUGGGUGAACCAGAACGAAGCAGAGGACAAGAGCAGCAGACACGAGGGAGAGACACAGCCCCGUAACUCUCCAACCAAGAGGAAAAAGCCUCUGUCUCAGAGUCAGCCCAAACAGCUGGCUGUCACUCAGGCAAACAGCCAGGACAGGAGAGCAGACUGUGAUGUUAGGGUGGGCCACUGCGAGUACACUGAGACCGUAGCUCCGCUAGGAGGCGCCGUGGCUGGACCCGGUGACAGGAUGCUGCCCACUCCGCGGACAGACGAGGCGGUGUGGGCGGCGGCGGCGUUGGGCUUCCUCCUGGUGCUGCUGGUGCUGUCCGUGCUGCACACACGCCUCUACCGCCACUGGCGCACAACGCCCAGCAUGUACUGGCACGACCCCAAGCAGGACUACGACAGGGUGGCAGAUGUGAUCCACAGGAGGCUGAAGAUGCCAGGGAGGAGGAAGAGGAGGGCAUCCAAGAGCCGAAGACAGGAGUGUGCCCUCCUACCACCCAGCUCCAGCACAGAGGAGGACGAGUAGAAACAGGUCUCUCUCAUUCCUCUCUCCCUCCAUCUGUUUAUUAUAUCCAUAUUGUCUUUACCCUGUGAGAAGAGAAGAAAGAGGAGAGGACAUUGGGACCUAAAAGCAGGGUACUCCUACUGGCCUAAUAACAUUGCUAUGCUGAAGAAACAUUUUAUGGAUUUUUUUUUGUGUAACGAGACCUCAAACAGGUACAUCUUCUAUUGCUGGUACUUAAGAAGGAAUAUUUUAGUAUUUUAACUGUCAUACAACACUCCAUAGUACAAAACCCCAUUCAAUCAGAUCACAUUACAGUAGAUCAUUCACAAUCACCACCAAUGACGCCGUUUUACUACACAUUCAAGCCUUUUCUCAUAGGGGCAGAGUCAGACUUAGGAAAUGUACGCCUUUCCUACGCACUUCUAAGUAGUCGAUAUUCAGACUUGCCAUAUGAAGGUGCGCAACAAGGUAUGCAGGUGUGGCUCCCACAAUAAAUUGAAUUCAACCCCAGAAAACCCACCCACUAGGUGGCCGACAGAAUUGACCAGGGAGUUUUCAUUCAAUUCCUUUUUUCCCCCUGUUCAUUUAUUUUAAACAAUCCCUUUGAAUAUGGAUUUGGACAGUGAAGAUAACUUUUUUCAAUUUAGAUCACAUGUUUCAUAUGAGGCGAGAGUACAGAAUGUCACCUUUAACUUGAGGGUAAUUUCUGUUUUCUGUUUUACUGUUUAGAAAUGAAGGGACUAUGUAUCUAUACCACCCAUUUGAAGAAGUAUUUGGACAAAUUCACUUAGUAUAUUAAAGUUGUUAAAAGUUUAGUAUCUGUUGUUGGUAACAAGUGAGAGGUUAGCAUGUUUUGUUGUAGCCUAUGUUACUUUCUCGCUCAUCAUUAUUCAUGAUUCAUUCAUGAUUUGUCUUAAUCAUGACAUCAUCAGGAUUCAUUUGGAAGUGUUCAGAAACAUCUGCUCACAUAGAAAGAAAAUGACUCCAGUUGUCAUUCAUUUCCUAUUGGGCAAAAUAUAAUCUGAAACGCAACCAAAACAAACUGCAAAUGCAUCCAACAAGUUUGUAGAGCCAAAAGCUUGAUGUAGUCUUUAUGUUCAAGGAAUAUGGAACCAAAUACUAAACUUUUGAUUACUUUACACAAAGUGAAUUUGUCCAAAUACUAACGACUUCUUCAAAUGGGGGGACUAAACAUUAAACAUAAUUUCGAAACAUUAAAACAUAUGUAUGAAAAUACCCUCGUGCUGACAUUCUGUACUGUCUCAUAAUGUGAAUCAUUUGAUCUAAAAGCCAGAAUGCUGAAGUAAAUGUGUAGCUUCACUGUCCAAAUACUUAUGGAGGGGAGUACAGUUGCUGUUGUACGCAACCGGCUGUCGGGUGCACUGUGUUGCGGUAGUGGGUACGAGUCCAUCAAAUGCUGUUGUGUGAUAGUAAUAAAUAGUUGUUUUUUUAAGAAUGCAUUGUGAGUUACAGUUUUAAUUAAAUAUAUAAAUGUAUUAUUGCCACACGCCAGAUGGGUGCAGUGAAUCAAGACAUGGACAGAGCAGUGUUGUAUGUUGAUUAUUGCCCGUCUCCUACUACACUACGGCCAGUGUACUCCUAUGAAGCUAUAGUUUGGAAGCUAACUGUUUCAACCACAGAACUAGAGAGGUUCUAUUUUUAUGCUUUGAACAACCACAGGAUAUGAAUUCCCUUGUGCGAGAAAAUGAUUGAACAUUGUUGCUAUGCAGGUAAUGAAACCACUUUGGAGCAGCAAUA